GUUAAGUUGGCUAGAGACGAAUCGCAAAGCAUGCGAAAUCUGGUAGCGAGCGAUGUAUAUGUAAGUCGGGAUGGGCAAGGUGGUUGAUGAUAAGACGGAAUCGCUGGCUCCGCGAAGAAGUCGGUGACGAAAUGGCGGACCCACCUACAGUACCUGCCGUGCGAGAUCUGAUUACUCAGACACGGUAGGUACGCCAGUGCCCCUCCAUCCCAGAUUGGCGGCCGCGGGGCAGUCGGACCUGAACAAAGUCCACCUUGGCUAAAGGCGCGACAACUUCCACUCUCCUUCACAUCACACUCCCCCCAGACAACUACGGAGAAAUCAUGACGGAACAACCGGUAUCAGUCCUCUUUGUCUGCCUCGGCAACAUUUGCCGCUCAACAAUGGCAGAAGGCGUGUUUCGCAACUUUGCGCAAAAGCCUCAGUACAAGGGCCUCAUCUCAAAGGUGGAUUCCUGCGGCACAGCGGCCUACCAUGUCGGCGAUCCUCCCGAUGACAGAACCAUGGCGACGCUCGAAGACCACGGCAUAACGGAUUACUACCACGCUGGUCGCAAGGUGUCGCCCUCAGACUUUAACAAGUUCGACUACGUCUUCGCCAUGGACCGAUCCAACCUACGAGACCUUCAAAACCUACAACAACGAGGCCACACCGAUUCAAAGGCCAAGGUGAUGCUCUUUGGCGAGUUUUCAGGAGGACCGAGGUCGGAGGUGGUGAACGAUCCAUACUAUGGUGGCGAUGAGGGUUUUGCGAAGGCCUAUGAGCAGUGCACACGGUUUUCGACCAACUUUUUGAAGCACGUCUUCCCCGAUGUCGACCCCAAAGCAUAGAAGGACCGUGGAUUGCGAUCAAGGUGGAGAGAAGAUUGGAGCCAAAAGGCGAGGGCAAACGGUCGGCGACGCGCCGCGAAACACGACUUGGGGGCGGCGGUACGCGUUGCAGCAGGAAUCCGACUGGCUGCGGCCAAAUAAGGACUUGUCGUUGACGAUCAUCGCGAUCAUGGUAAGGCGUCAGAACAGGGGCGAGAGGGGUGGGUAGGCCAUUGAGAACAGCUUGCCGCGCUGCCGAAGUGAUUAUGCUGCAUUAUUAGAGAAAGAAAGGUAGAGACAGGAGGAGCAUUUAAGCGUGUCUUUGGUUUGAUUGAUUCCACAGCUACAAGAUGCACAUAGAAGAUUAGAUUCCAUGCAGUUG